CUAUUAACGUAAUAAGGCCACCACUAGUAAAUGUAUUAAGAUCAUUUUGAGCUGAAUCCCUUUACUAUUACUUUGAUAUAUUCAAACACGUAGUGCAAAAAUGAAGGUUUUUUUCGGAGUUUUGAUCGUUCUGGUAGUCCUUACUUUGGCUGAAGGAGGAAAUCGGAAAGCAGUUAGAGCAGCAAGGAAAUGUAAAAAGAUGAACAAAACGUUUGAAGGAUGUUUGGAAAAGGGCUACAAGUCUAUCUGUGACGAAUCUGAUGAUGACAAUGAGGAAGAGGAAGUUGUUGUAAAUCAUUGUCCUACUGAUUUUCCCAACGUCUACUACAACGGACAGUACUGUUGUAAAUCCAACAUGGAGAAGUUCUACGAGCCUCAGGGUGCCCAAUGUGACGGCAGUGUGAUUCAGAGAGACAGUAUGUGUUGCGCAGGUGACCAGUACACGUCGUGCCCCGGUGGAAACUGUGAAAGCAACCCAGCACCCACACCAGAUAUACCUCAAUGUCCUGCUUCGCAUCCUAACGUGUACUACAACGGCCAGCACUGCUGUGCCUCGAACGUGGAGAAGGUCUACGCUCCUCAGGGUGCCCAAUGUGACGGAGGUGUGAUUGGUAGAGACAGUAUGUGCUGUGAAGGGGACCAGCACACACCCUGCCCCAGUGGGAACUGUGCAAGCUACCAACCAUCUAGGAGUAAGCGAGAAUCAGAACCUGAGGAAGCACAACUAAGUAAGAAAGAGUCGAGGAAGUGCGCAAGAGUCGAGAAAAAUCUUAUGAAGAAAUGUGACUACGAGUGUUAAAUCUGAGGAGAUGACCACGUGAUGCCCAUAUAAGGAGAUGACCACGUGAUGCCCAUAUAAGGAGAUGACCACAAAGUUUAUUUUUAAAAUUAGUUUAUUGUUUUAGAUAAUUCACCAUGUUGUGGUAAUUGUUAUAGAAUAUUGAUAUUUAAAAUGUGUUUUCAUUGAACCAUAUUAUAUUAUGUUUGUGGUAUUAGAAUUUUUGCAACCAUUUCCAAUCGUAUCAAGCCUUCAAAUUAUUAUAAUUUAAAAUUUGAAAUUUUAAUUCAGUUAACUUGUAACAAUGUUAUCAGCAAUUUUCUGUUUUACUUUGAAAUACUUA